GAAACACACACAUAGGGGGAGGCUUUGCGUUAUUUCUGUUCUACGAUCUGUCCUGUACAGUGCGGGUGAAGAGGUGCAGGAUCCAUCUCUGAGCCCACAGCUCGUUGUCCAUGCAGCUGCACUGAACCAUGUUUACUGUAGUGACUGAUCGAGUUGCUGCUUUUUUACAGAUUAGUCCAGUGGUUACCAAGUGUAACGGCAUAAAAUGGAAAUGAGCAAAUUACAGGAAGGCCGUCCCAAACUUCAAUAGAGCAACUGUUAGAUUAGUGGACAGAAAUUUAACAGAAACCCACUGCUGCUUUGUUCAAAAAUGGGGAUACUCUCGCUUUCCUGACUGAUGAAAACCAAACUCUUCUUAUUUUGCCAAACGUGCCGCUCUCUCUUCCAUCUUCACAUCAUCCUCGAAAACCGAAUUAAUUAAAAUCUAAAGCAAAUGCAGAAGAUAUUUUCCCUGGUCGUCUUCGCCUCCAUUGUGAACGAGGGCUAUGUGAACAUGGGCAGCGAGCGCCUCCACUGCGUCUUCAACAAGAACGCAGACGCCUGUAACUACGGCGUGUUCGUCGGCCUCGUGGGCCUGCUGGCGUGCUCCUUCUUCUUCCUGCUCGACUACAAGUUCUCCUCCAUCAGCUCAGUCAAAGACAGGAAGAAGGCUGUGAUGCUUGAGAUCGGCUUCUCGGGUUUCUGGGCCUUCCUGUACUUUGUAAGUUUCUGUUUCCUGGCCAAUCAGUGGUCUCGGACCACAGCCGAUGAGCUGCCACUCAACCAGGGGGCAGAUGCAGCCCGGGCAGCGAUCGCCUUCUCCUUCUUCUCCAUAAUCACCUGGGCUGGUCUAACAGUGCGUGCGGUCCAGAAGUAUCUGCUUGGUACAGACAUGACCCUGUUUACCACGGAGCACAUGGACGGCGGCGCCCCCACCCAGCCCUACCCCUCCAAUUCACCGGGGGGCGGCCCAACAGAGACCACAGAGACCUACCAGAGCCCACCCUUCACUGAGAACAACGCAGCACCCACAUACCAGCAAGCGCGGCAUCCUCAGAUCGGAGCAGAUCAAGAGAAAUAGACAACAAGAAGAGGAGAUACAGAAGAGGAGGCCACUUUGCAGUAUUCAAAAAAAGAUGAAGGAAUUAACAGUUGACUGACUCCACCACGAAGCAGUGGUAGAUGACUAAAUAUAGCGCAGAAGGCACAUCACAUCUUACUCUUUUCAUUCAUUGAAACAGUUACGGGGAAUGUCUCUUUAGCUACAGUGCGGUCUGGUCAUUCCUCCCACCUCUCCCUGCUGCAGUGACAAGUGAUCACAUGUAUUGAGUCUGCAUGUUUCCAAACUUAGAGAUCAACUAAGUGCCAUACUGUGCUGUGUGUCUCAGACAGUGACUUAAUUUAGUAGAUUUUCACAUGCUGUUAAAAAAGAAAAAACGGACCACAAUGUUUUGUGACCAAGUGCAAUAUCUGACAUUCUUAUUUAGGUAGAGGUGUGUACUGUAGUGGAGGCAGGCUAGUUAUGGUCGGAUUAGAUUCAUUUUAGGCACUGUCUCAAAUGACUUACUCGUCUUUGAAUUGUUCUCACAGAUCUCAGGCAAGUGUGACACAUCGGAAUUGUUGAUCUAAAUUGUUGAGCUUCCCCGGGAAAAGUUAGCAAGAUGCCUGCGUUGUAUUGAACAGAUUUUUUUAAUCCAGAGAGCUUGUUGCUGAUUUAAUUAUGGCAUAACUGGUAUUGUUGACUAAGAUGACAUGUCAUCGGUUAGUUUUAGUCUUCCUUGAUAUUCUUGUGUAUUUUAACACAGCUAAAACGAAAACAGUGUCACAGCGCAAAAAUGUUUCUCAAGUACAUUGUCGCGACAGCUUGAUGUGCGAGGGUCAGCUUUCACAGUUUGAGAAACUCUUAAGAUUCAUUCAGGAAAAGCGCUAUCCAGUCUGUUAUAUUUCUGUCUCAGGCAUGGAUGAAUUACUGAGUGUGUUUACCAGGCACAGGCCGGGGGGGGGGAGCCUCUGCUUGAAGUGGCCGUUAAAAUUUCUUGUUAGAAAAUCAGUCACGACAAUAACUUAGGCGACCACGAAAAGAUGCAAAAUGACUGCAAAGUCAUGCAAAUUUCCUUUUAAGGAGACGCAGAUUAACUGAAGAGAGACUUAAAGAAAUACAAGGAUUCCAAAGAUGCAAAACAACCACAGACAACUCCGAAUAGCUACAGAGAGAAACGUAAUGAUGAUAAAGACGGG